UUUACUUUCUACCAUAACAACCUCUUGUGAUGUCUUUUACAUGACCUAACUGACCGUUUACGAAAUAUUUCACAUUUACAUUGGAGGUUGUCGCACAAGCCCUCCAAUAUCCCUAACUCCAAAAUGUCGAAGACCAGUGAAUCUCGACCACCAGGCCAAGAACCAGUCAUCCCAGAAACCGUACUGGACGUGCCGUCGCAGAGAUUGUACUAUCUUAGUCUCGGGCUACUAUGUCAGGCGAUCAAAGUAUUCGAUUUCUUUCAACAUCUCUUUCUUGGAGAACCUUCCAAUAGCUCCGCCUAUACGCGCAAAUGGAUCCUAGUCGACUCAUUAUAUUGCUCUAUACUUGCCGGUCUUCGAAUACCACGGCUACGGUACACAAAAUCUCUCGUGAUCCUACAGAUUGUCUCGCUAUGCUUGCUGGAUUCGUUUCUUUUUGGUAGUAUUACCCUGAAUCUGGGUAUUGGAGGAAGUUGGAAGGUCUCUCCAGGAGUUGGACUUCCAGGGAGGAGUGCUCUUCCAUCCACAGGACAAGCCUUCCAUUUUACCGACCUUAUUCCUAGCUUUGGGCUCAGCGGCCUAAUAUCAUCAGGUGGCAAGGAUGGACACUUACUCGGCCAACACACCGUGCGAAUGUCACCAAUCAGUACUGGCCAGUUGAAUCCCUACCUCAAUACAUACUGCAUCGCAAGUCCAGGCCAGAGUGUUCUCAUUCCUGUCCUUCUGAACAAUACCAACCCUGUCAACAUUCGAUAUACCUUAACGCCUCUUGGUUAUGGUGCAGAGUCUACGGAUAAAGACAAACCCAAGAAUGGCGUUGUAGGGAAGAUCGACAGGGUAGAGUUGUCUGCCAAGGACUUGAAGGCUAUUGAACAAGCCCGACUGGAGACUUUGCAAGUUGCCAAAGUUGCCUCUGCCGUCAAACGUAAUACGGAAGACUACGACGAGUAUGAUGACGAUGAAGAAGAAGAGAAAACCACACCUGACCUUUCGUCUGGCUUCUCGCUUCAGAAGACGCAAUCCAUGGUACACAUCCGACUCAAUAAACCUGGCGUUUUGCGCCUUGAACGGGUGAUGGACAGUUCCGGUGUCGAAGCUCGACUGGUCUCUUAUACCGACCUUACCAUCGCACCAUGUCCUCGCGCAGAGUUUGCCGGUGAUGGUACCUUGGCUUCGGGAGAUGACCUUCGAUGCGCCCCAUCCACCCUUGGAGCUGGAGGCGGCGAAGAGAUCCCACUCAAGAUCAACGUCUACGGCGUCCCUCCGCUCAGUCUGCGUUGGCUCAAGGAGGUCAAUGGAAAGACGGAACCUUUCAUGGUCGAAGGUGUCGAAAGCGACGCUCAUAUACAUGCCCAUUCACACGAUGAAGGAAGGAGGGUGGCGAAUGCUGGUCUCAGAGCACCGGAACAGCUUUCCAUCCCACUUACAAUGACACUGGAUGCGCUAGGGACCCAUUCAUAUGUCUUGGAAUCGGUGACAGAUGCUCUUGGAAACACUGUGGCUGCAGGAUCACAUGCCCCAGGUGAUCCCUCCAAAAUUACUCGGUCGACUACUGUCCUUCGUCGACCAGCUGUAUCAUUCAAGGGAUGUGGACCAGGCAACCCCGCACCCCUACUCAUUGGUUCUGAGACUUUUUUGACUAUAUCUGCCAAGGACUCCGACGUGCAGGAUGCUCCAUGGGACAUCACCGUGAAGUAUCGCCCAACUGCUACUGAAGAACAGGCGAAGAGCUCCAAGAAGCUCAAACCUUGGACGCAGAAAUUCACCACAGAGGAUGAGCGAAAGGAGCUGCUCCUACGCACGAGCGCUCCCGGUGAAUAUAUGAUUCUUGGCAUCAAGGGUCGCUAUUGUGAAGGGGACGUUCUGAGUCCUGAGACAUGCAAAGUGGUUGAGAAACCUUUACCGACUGCAGAAAUCGAGUGGAAGAAGAUACACGAGUGCUCCGGUGACAUUGGUGUCUCCGCAUCCCUCGUCCUCCAUGGUACCCCUCCAUUCCAGGUCUACUAUAGUAUGAAAAAGGACAACGAACCCGCCCGAGACCUUGUCAAGACUUUCGCAACCUCCCGAGGUGAUCUCACCAUUCAACCCGAGCGUAGUGGCCACUACACUUUCACCUUCCUACAGCUCAGUGAUGCAAAUUACAAGAAAGUUGCAUUGAAAGGACCGAGCAUUGAUCAAGUUGUACAUCCUCCUGCUUCAGCCGACUUUGCUCGUCUGCCAGGACCUGGAGGAAGAGCUAAGAGGAAGAUCAGUAGUUGCUCUGGAAAUACCGUUGACGUCAACGUUGAACUGCGGGGGACUGGUCCUUGGAACCUCGAUGUCCAAGUUGUUGGUCCGAAGGGCUCUGAUAUCGUUCGUGUUGAGAACAUCACUACACCUCAGAAGACGAUUCAAGUCCCCGUACCUCCUACUAUUGACAGAGAUGGCGGGUCCUUCGAGAUUGAUCUUGUGAGCAUUGAGGAUGCAUAUGGUUGCAAACGGUCACUCUCAGUCCCCGGUAUCACCGUUAACGUUCGGAGAGUCAAGCCUAUCGCUAAAUUCUAUGGCACGAAGGAGAUGCGGCGCACAACAAUCUUGGAAGGCGAAAAAGCUCACCUACCCUUACGGCUCACUGGUGACGGCCCCUGGAGACUCAAAUACAGACUCACUGAACAACCUGACCGUAUUCGCACCGCGACCCUAUAUAAUCCCAAUGAUGAGCUUUUAGUCUCGGAGAAGGGUGUCUACGAGAUCAUUGAGAUUGCGGACUCACAGUGCCCAGGGUCGGUCGUAUCAGAAGCUUCAACAUACCAAGUGGAUUGGGUUCCAAGGCCGGUUGCCAAGUUAUCCUCUGAGGUGCAGGCAACGUAUGAACCCCACAACGGAUCCCACAUCUUGCCUGCUAUAUGUGAAGGCUUGCCUGACCACGUCGAUCUCGAUUUGACUGGUGAGUAUGUCUUGAUGUGCGGCUCCCCAGAUGCUCAUUCUCUUGUAGGUAAACCACCAUUCCAGAUCAUGUACAACAUCGCAAAAGACGCCGAGAAUGGCGGUACCAAGAUUCUCGAUCAGCCCACCUUCAGCAGCAUCCAACCCCGAACGAGGUUCCAGCUUCGCACUGGAGAAGCAGGCCGAAUCUAUUACGAAGUCAAGCAAAUUGGUGAUGCCUCGUACCCACUUGCUAAGAACAAGCAGGCAAUUAUUCCUCGCUCAGAACGUCUGCUCUUUGAACAGCAGGUCCUUAUGCGUCCUUCUGCUCGGUUCAAGACGAACAAUAGGAUAUCAUAUUGCAUGAACGACGCGCUUACACCUCACACACCUCACGAUAUCAGUAGCGCGGAUGGUGUCAUCUUAUUGGAAGGCACGCCUCCUUUCAGGUUGGCCGUCUCGAUCUGGAACCGAGCUGCAAGUGAAACGCACAAGGAGAUCCUUGAGCUCAACGAUCAUGUGUGGAGGUUGAAUCUUGCAAACUAUACAUUCAAAUCGAUCGGUCCUCAUUUAGUUACUAUCGAGUCCAUUCAAGACGCUUCGCAUUGCGCCCAGACUGCCGCCGAUCCUAACUUCAAAUCUGUAUGGAUCGACGUUGCAGAGACUGCUGCAAUCGUGCCCUUCGACAGACGGGAACAUUACUGCGUCGGAGAUGUAACUCAGUUCCAGCUCGAGGGAACACCGCCAUGGACCAUCGGAUACCGCGUCAAUGGCAAGUCGCAUACGCAGGAAGUCAAAACUUCUCCAUUUGCUAUUGUACAAGAACAGCCUGGCGAAUUCGCGAUUACCUCGAUAGCGCAUCAGCACAAGAUGUGUAAAACCGCUGUCACGGACUUACGAUAUACCGUACAUCCUCUGCCGGCCGCCCAAGUUGGUCACGGUAAACGUAUCAUUCAGGAUAUUCACGAAGGUGACCAAGCCGAGAUUGUGUUCACCCUUAUUGGAGAUCCGCCGUUCACGUUCACAUACCAACGUACGGAGCUCGUUACGAAGAAAGGCGCACAGGGCAAGGUUCUGGAGACGCAUACUGUAUCGGGAGUCACCACAAGGGAGUACUCCAUCUUCUCCGCUCUUGAAGGUACGACCUAUGAUUACGAAUUCUCGUGGAAUGGAUGCUCACUGACUUCCUUUGUAGGCACCUGGACUGUUACUUUCAUUUCAGAUCGUUACUGCAGGUACCCUCCAGUACAGGACGGUAGUAUGGAAAAAUCGAGAUAGUCAUCUCAACAUCUAGACAACAGUUUGCACACACCCAGCAUAGUUUUCAUCGCAUAAUUUUUGCUCUUGCUUUCGAUAUCUUGCAUGAUGAACUCCUCAUCUUUGUAUUUAUAUCUUAUUUCCCUCACAUCAAACCUGACGAACAUCGCACAUCCCAUGUUACAUUUGUGAUGCAUCUUAGAAUGUCUGAUAUAUUCUCCAUGAAGUCCCUCAAAUGUCUAUGAAAGGUCCGACAGUCUUCAACCCUAAUUAUAACGAACCCGCUGGACCUAGACCUGAGCGGAAGAGAUAUAGAACCACUUGGAAA